CUGAGCAGAGCGCAGCAGAUCCACCCUCACGCACCGACAUCUGGACGUGGAAAGUGACUCCUGUGCCUCUGGAUCUGUUCUCCAUCCUCCUUCAAAGACUGUGGGAUGUUUUAAACCUGCAGCUGUGUGGACAUCCAGCAGGGAGAUGCAGCUUCACGCACGGCUGCGUCUGCGUCUUGAAGUGAAUUGGAGCUGAAAGUCAUGAUGUGAUUGUGCAGCAUCAGUUUCUGAAAUGAUUGAGACCAGCACUUCGACCAUGUCGGACAGAUCUGAAGCAGCUCACUGCACUGUGUGCUGCUGUACGAUGGCCAAUAAAAUCCUCAUGGUGGUCUUCAUGGUGCUGCUGAUCUUUGCGAUCUUGUUUGGGAACUUAGUGACUCUGGCCGUGAUUUUUGGGACCAAACAUUUCCACACAUCACAGGGUUACUUGAAGGCGUCGCUGGCUGUGGCUGACUUGGCGGUGGGGAUUUUUGUCGUGCCACUGUCGGUCUACGCUGAGGUGUAUUUGAUGGCGACUGACUCGGCACCGGAGUGGACCUCGUACAAUUCGCAGUCAGUCAGUUUCCAUCCAUGUAACAUCAUCGGUCCGAUCUUCGCAGGCUGCACUUUAGUCUCUAUCACAACCAUUUUCCUCCUGACGAUUGAAAGGAGCAUCGCUGUGUUGAGGCCUCUGCACAAAGACUCUGUGAUCACUCGGAAAAGGACCACCACCCUUAUUGUCCUAUCCUGGCUCGGGAGCUUCUUCUUAGCGGUGUCUCCCAUGGUUUUCAGUAGCGAGAUUGCUCUGGAGUACAACGCCUGCAGCCGGAUGUGUAACUACGCCCUGGGCACCAUCAGCGAGUUCCCCAGCCAGGCCUGGAACAUCCUCCUCCUCUUCCCGGCGUUCGACUUCACGCUGCUUGGAGGCACCGUGGUCAUUAACAUCAUCUCUCUGUCCAGCAUCAGGCAGCACUCGAGGCACAGGAAACACCUGGCAGAGACCGACUGUCAAAACACCACCAAACCAACGUUCUCCGACAUCAAAGCAGCCAAAACCAUCGGUGCGCUGACGGUGGCCUUCACCGCUUCCUUCACCCCCAUCGCUGUCUUUGUCGUCGGGAAUGUUCUGGGGAAUAAAUGGUGCAACUUUUCUUUUUUCGCCUUCUGGAUUUUGGCCACCAACAGCUGCUGGAAUGUCAUAAUUUACAGCGUGAGGGAUCAGAAAUUCAGACUGCGUGCACACAAGCUUCUCAUGCCAUUCCAGAGAGAAAACUCAAUCAAAACCUAAAACCUCAGAUGAUCAGGGACUAAGACUUUGAGUGAACUGAGCAAUGGCCCGUUGCACCAGCUAUACACAAGUUCUCUCUCAAGCUCAGAUGUACAGUAUUUAAUUUAACAAUAAAACUGUGUUGAUGUUUAGUUGUGGUGAACCUUACAUGUCUGUGAAAUCAAA